AUGCAACAAGAAGGGAGUAAUAACGAAAUACGCGAUAAUGGUCAAUCUGAGCAAGAACAGAUAGAAAGUGAACAGCCUGGAGUUGACGACAGUAAUGAUCAAGACACAGAAAUAUUUGGUAUAUUAAUAACUGAAAUGGGUAGAGCAUAUGCCGAAUUUGAUGGAACGAACCCGCUAGAAAGACCACCAUUACCAAAGUUGAAGUCAUCUAGAAAGCUUGCUGUGGUAUUGUGUCAGUUAAAUAAACAGAUCCUGCCAGAGUAUCUAGCACACUCCAACUGUAUAGAACAACUUCACACACUGAUAUACUGUGCAGCUGUUGCAACAGUAAGAACACUUGGUGUCAAAAUGCCAACUCAAAAGAUUACUGAAAAUUCAGUAAAACCAAUAACACCAAAAUGGGAAAAACGUCUGGAAAGAAGAACGGCAGAAAUUCGCAGAGAUAUCGGACGUCUUACCCAAUUCACACGAGGAAUAACAACUCGAAAAGUCCGAAAGCAAGCUAUGGAAAUAAUGCAACGACUCCACCAUCAUUCUCACCAAGACGCAACUAACAUCAACGAGUGGCAAUGCCUUGAUACCUUGAAGCAAAAACUGUCCGUAUAUACUCAGCGAUUGAAAAGGUAUAAAGCGUCCAGUCACAGAAAGCACGACAAUGCGCUCUUUCAACGAUCCGAAAAGGCAUUCUACAGGAAACUGUCAUCCGAACCCCAGGAAAAGAGCAAAACGGUGCCCACAAAGGACCAAGUAGAGGAAUUUUGGGGCAAGCAGUUUGGCUCGACAGCUUAUUACAACAAGUGUGCAGGAUGGAUUACAGAUGAAGAAGCGAAGAGCCAUUAUUGCAAUCCCAUGCAGUAUAGGGCAUAUACCAAACAAGAAAUCGUGGAUAUCGACCAGGUCAUUCCUACCAACAAUUACAAGAGGUUCAUACUUAAGAACUUGCAACAGUCUGAUAAAUGCAGGUACGGCUGUCAGGACUCCGAAACAAUACAGCACGUAACUGGUGGAUGCCAAGCAUUCGCUCCAACGGACUAUAAGGAGCGCCACGACAUAGCUGCCAAAAUCAUUCACCAGGAGUUGGCAUACAAAUUCAAACUGAUCGAAUGCAAGCUACAGUACUACAAAUAUACACCGCAAUGUGUCCUCGAGAACGACAAGUAUAAACUAUACUGGGAUCGCACUGUGCUUACGGACCAAUACGUAAAACAAAACAGACCUGACAUAAUCAUUGUCGACAAGGACGCCCAGAAAGUAACACUGAUUGAUGUGGCCAUACCUAAUAGUAACAAUUUAACAUACAAACAUAAUGAGAAAGUUGCAAAUACAGGGAGCUAG